AGAUGUGAAUAGUGCAACCAUUAGGAGGUAGAGAUGCACCGAAGGUCCAAGAAAUAAUGAAAGCAACUUAGUUGGAGGAGGUAUUUUGGGAGAGGGAGGGGACCGAGGGGGCUGACACUUGCGGGACCUCUCUGGUUGCCUGUGCAUUCUUGCACUAUAGAGGAAGCCUUUUAAGAUGUGCUGCCCAUACGUGCAACUAGACGAAGACGAGAAAGAGACAUUCCUAGACUGUGCAGGUCUGCUGAAGCGAUUCAUGUGACAGCGGGGAAGCGAUCGGUGAUCCUCUCACUUUAAAGGGAUUUAUAAUGGAUUUGGGGACUGUCGCCGGUGCCACCUUCCGACUAAUGACCUUAGUUGUCAUUGGUAUGAGUGCUGCUAAAGCUCAGUCGGAGAUUAAGAUGGUGGCUGAGACGGAUGUGACACUGCCAUGUAGCCACCAGCUGUGGCAUAUGGGCACAAAAGAUCUGGACAUCGAGUGGCUGCUUCAAAGAGCUGACCAGGGUCAGAAAGUGGUCAUCUCGUACUCCAGCGGUCAAGUCUACGACAGCCUCAUCAGCACACAGGCUGGCCGUGUCUCUUUCGCUGCUGACUUCUUGAAAGGUGAUGCGUCUCUGAAGAUUGCUGCCCUGCAGCUUGGGGACUCCGGUCACUACACCUGUAAAGUGAAAAACGGAGGCCAGUAUUCGUGGAACUCCAUCAACCUGCUGGUCCUGGUGAAGCCAUCCAAGCCAAAAUGUUGGCACGAAGGGAAAUUUCUGGAAGGGAGUGAACUGAAGCUGGGAUGCAAGUCUACUGAGGGCACCGAGCCGAUUGUGUACAAGUGGGAGAGAAUCCCAAAGAAUGAGAGGAGCCGUGGAUACCUGCCACCACAGUCACGCAUCGACUUGAGUAAUCCAGAAAUUGUGAUUCUGAGGAAUCUGACCCAAGAGAGCGCAGGGCUGUACCAGUGCACGGCCAGCAACGAGGCGGGCGAGGAGAGCUGCGUCAUCCCGGUCUCCAUCCACUAUGUUCGAGGAGUGGGCGUCAUUGUUGGUGCUGUCGUUGGGGUGGGAUUUGGAGUCUUCCUGAUGGUUCUCAUCAUCUGGCUCAUCGUCCGCAAGAAAGAAAAAAAGAAGUAUGAAGAGGAGGACAUUCCUAAUGAAAUAAGGGAGGACGCCGAAGCGCCCAAAGCGAAGCUGAUGAAGCCAAACUCCUCAUCCUCCUCCAGGUCAGGGAGCUCACGUUCAGGUGCUUCCUCCACCCAGUCCAUGGUGCAUAGCAGUGCCCCCCGGAGCGGCCACCGGCCCCGUGUCAGCGCAACGCUGAAGGAGAACGGAGAGUCGCCCACUUACACGGCACAGGGGCUCCCCUCCUACACGCAGGUCAUCAAUAAGGAGCUAGAGAUUGAGGCCGAGCCCGACCACAAUAAGGCCCAUCAGGGCAGCCUCGUGCGGAAGGGGGUCACCCCGGCCCACUCGCGGCCCUUUGAGACCGUCUAGAGUGGCCUGGCAAUGGACUGGGACUGCUGCCGCCAGGCAGACACAAAAUAUUUUGUAAUAAAAAGGAAUGAAAA